CCGCCUUCAUCCAAUAGUAUUGCAGAAGGAAGACUCGUCCCCGCCCAGCAGUUUCAUUGUGGUGGGAGGAGUUUGCGCGCGCGUUUGUUGUGGGCGUCGCCUUACGGUAUGAACGCACACGGCAUGCAGCAAACAAAAGGGGUGGCGGAUGGGAGCGCGCACGGCUCAGGAACGAGCAGAGGUGGCAGUGGAAGCAUGCAGGAGCUCCGGGGGGAGGAGGAGCCGGGUGGAGAGGGCCCCCGGGGGCCACAUGAGGGAGUUGUCAAAGGAGAGUCGGGCCCCCGGGGGCCACACAGAGAGCAUUUGAGUCACGAGACACUGACGUCAACUGGACUUGAUUUGUCACAAUUCAAACACGACUCCGGCGAUGUCCAGGAGUCUCACCGGGGCCUGGGCCCGCUGGAUCUCCAUCAUACACCUAGUAGAGGGGAUACACCUGAGGAACAUUGUCAGGUGGGCCCAAGAGAUCCCGUUCCCCUGAUAUGUCUCCGGCCAGCGGAUGUGGACCCAGUGCUCCCGGAGCCCGAGCAGAGGGAUGCUCCUGAGGGCAUAGAGCAUCAACAACAAGAUCCGGAGAAGCUGCAAUCCAUCUAUACAUUCAAGCAGUUGUUUCCAUCAGACCCCCUGCUCAGACCAACCGUCAAAUCUGCCGGUACAAUAGUGGACUUCGUAGAGCCCACCCUCUACCAUCGGGAGGAACAACAAGUUCCCCUGCAGCCCUAUGACAAAGCCGGCCACCAUGGUGCGCGCGAAGCUGCCUUUCUACCUCCCGGGAUGGAUCUCUCCUGUGUCCACCUAUACCCCCAAGAGCCUGCAGACGAGGAGUUCCCGCUCAUGCUUGACCCCAUUUCUGCUUUGGGACUCCAUGAAGAUCUGGAUGGAGAAGAAACUGGCGUGGAGUUGCCUGGUUCAGGGUCUUCUAGCCCAGAGCCUGGGGACAUCUUUGGAGAGAUGUCAGCUGAUCGCAUGCUGGUCCAUGAAGUACGAAGAAGAGGCGUCAACAUGACUGAGGGGGUCCCAGUACCCAGUUCUGAACAUGUGGCCGAGAUUGUUGGGAGGCAGGGAUGCAAAAUUAAAGCGCUGAGAGCCAAAACAAAUACUUAUAUCAAGACCCCUGUACGAGGAGAGGAACCAGUCUUUAUUGUGACUGGCCGUAAAGAAGAUGUUGAAAUGGCAAAAAGGGAAAUCCUGGCAGCAGCUGAACAUUUUUCAAUUAUAAGAGCCACCAGAAAUAAGAUGAAUGGAAUUGCUGGAGCUGUGCAAGGGCCUCCAAAUUUACCAGGACAAACUACUAUUCAGGUCCGUGUACCAUAUCGUGUUGUUGGCCUUGUUGUAGGACCCAAAGGUGCUACGAUCAAGAGAAUUCAACAGAAUACUCAUACUUACAUUGUUACACCAAGUCGAGACAAGGAACCCAUUUUUGAGGUUACAGGUAUGCCAGAGAAUGUAGACCGUGCUCGGGAAGAAAUUGAAGCCCACAUCACUAUGCGGACAGGCUCCCUAGUAGACAACCUUCCAGAUAGCGAUUUUCACUCUAAUGGAACAGAUGUUUGCAUGGAUAUGCUGAUUGGAGGCCCAGGCAAUAUAUGGUCUAAGCAGCAAGUUCCACGCCAUGGCUCUAGUGGAUCACGGACUGAAAGUCUUAGCUCAUCUGUUGAGAGUCCCUACUAUGGGUCAUCUUGCAGAGAACAAAGUCCAGCAAGCCCAUGCAGAUCUGUUGUAAGUAGAAGCUUUGCACUAGGUGGAAAAACCCUUGGUAGUCAACAUUCUGUGGGCAUAGAGGACUGCGAGUUUGGUUUGGAAUAUCUUGCACUAGAUUCAAAUACACCUACAGCUGUUUGGUCACCCUUUGAACCAUCCAGUGGCCAUGUUCAAACUUUUAGUGGUUGCCACACUCAAAGGAGAAAUAGUGUGUUUAGUGGAAGUUCUACACCGCUGCUCUCCCCUUCUUUACCUGAUCAUGGCAUCGGACUGGAACAUCCUCUUGCCCGACGAAUUCAUAGUGAUCCAGUCAGCAGUAUUUCAUGGCUGCCAAGCAAAGAAUCCCUGUCAUCGUUUUCAAACAGCGCUGGGUAUUCAUCAUCCUCUUCUCUACCUGGUAGUUCUUCAGUGGCAUCUGGCUCGCCCACAGAAUCAAACAGUUCAGAUGGCCAGCGCAAGAGUGGACGAGACUGCGUUGUUUGCUAUGAGAGUGAAGUAAUAGCAGCCUUGGUUCCCUGUGGGCACAAUCUCUUUUGCAUGGAAUGUGCCAUCCGGAUCUGUGAGCGACAGUUACCAGAGUGUCCUGCCUGCCAUGCCCCUGCCACGCAAGCAAUUCGCAUAUUUUCCUAAUUGCAUGCUUAUCCAGUGACAACAGCCCGGUGGGCAUGCAUUAAACACUGCAACACUUCAUGGGUUCAAUAUUUUUUAUCAUUUU